CACAGUAAAACAAAGUUAACGAACCAUAUGAGUGCGGUUGUGAGUGUAUUCGGACCUUCGGCUUUGGGUUGAUGUAGUAUAACCCCUAUUAGGCACGGGCCGGUCGGCGUCUAACCCAUAUAAAGGUAUAAACCUUAAGUUCCCGAAACCACCGCUGCAACUUUCUCUGAUUUAAAUUUGGCGCUACCAAGUCCCAAGUUCAGCAGACUACAGCUGUUGAAUUCUAAAGCUCAAUUUAGCGCAAUUGAAGUGUCCUGCUCGAAGACUUGCCUGAUAUGUCCCUGAAAAUUGGGAACCCUUAUAAUUAAUUCUGUACAUGUGGAUGCAGAAUAGUAAUCAACAUGGAGGAGCAAGACACCCAAAUAGCAAGAAAGCGCAAGAUAAAUGAUAUGGAGCAUGAAAGAAGUGAGGACAGAGGUGAAACAAAUGAAGAAAAUGGGGAAGAAGAAAGUGAGAUGAACUUCUCUGGGUCAGAAGAAAUGAGGCUUGGCAUUGCUCGCCUUCAUGAGAAAGUCGAGGCAUAUAAUCAACUGGUUUCUGAGAUGCUGGAAUCUGGAAAGUCACUGUUCAACAAGCUAAGCCAGGAUUAUGAAGAGCGAGUUCUCAUGAUCCACAAGGAGCAGAUUGAGAAAUGGCAGGAAGAGAUAAAGGAGCUGAGGGUGAUCGAUGCAACUAAUGAGGAAAUGAAUGAUCGCCUUAAUAAUGUCAAAUGCCUACUUCAAACUGUUCAUAUCGGUCAAUGAAGAUUUAGCAUUUAAGCUGCUAAUUAGACCUUGAUCCAUUGCCCUUUCUGCUGUGAGUCAUGGAUUUGCCUGAGGACAACCAAAGCUGUUCACAAGUGCAGGUAGAUCUGCCAAAUUUUGUGCACUCUCUUAGUUCUAUAUAUAUGCAUCGUUAAAUGAAAGACCACUUAUUGUGAAAUUUGAUCUAGUUAGUUGCUCCACCUAAGAUCACAGAUAAAGAAGUAUGGCUGUCCACGUUCUCAUAACACUGUUAGUCUGUUACCUCUUCAAUACACAAUAUUUUUUCUUUUUUCUUGGAACGAAGGUAGUACUUUACUUUGAAGACUCGUGUAGAACUUAACGUAGAAUUGCGAGAUUCAUUGUGAGCAAAAGAUUGAACUGCACAAGUCCAAAAUCUGAUGUCUAAAUUGGUUAAAAUAAAGGAUUUCGAAUUGGGCCUAGAUAGAGCCCAAUUUGAAAAAAAAGAGGCAAA